AUGAUAUCUUUACAUUUAUCUCUUCUUGCAAUUACUUUAACAUUUAGUCAUGCAUCUAAUAUUAUCUAUCUUGAAAAUUGUUCAUAUGCAAUCGAUCUUUAUAAACAAUAUUUAAAUCUUCUUUGGUCAUCAAAUGAUUCUCAUACAGUACAUAUUCAAGCUGUUUAUUCUUUAUCAUCAAAUAAUUCUCUUAUACCCGGACAUAUCUAUACAUAUUUUUCUCAAUCAGUUGCUUUAAUUCCAUUUUUUGUUCAAUGUAAAUAUCCGGAAAAUUUUUCUGUUAAAUCCUAUUUACCAUUUACUCAAUGUUCAUCAACAAUAUCGAAUAUAAUUACACAACCAAAUCAUGAAUCAACACGAACUUAUCUUAAUCUAAAAUCAAUUCUAUCAAUGACAAAUGUUCCUUUAAUUUAUACAGGCGAAUAUAAUGUUUUAUUAUCAAAUUGUUCAUUUCAAGUUAAUUCAAAUAUCUAUCAAUUAAAUCCUAAUGAUAUAUUUCUAUUUCGUAUUGAAUAUGAAAAUUCAAUCAAUACAAACAUAAAAUCAUGUCAAACAUGUAAUAAACGUACAUCAAUAUGUCAUGAAAAUAAAUGUUUAUGUCGUACAGGUACAAUUCCAACGAAACUUUAUCAAAAUAAAGAAUAUUGUAUUGAUAUAACAUCAAAUUGUUCAUAUGAUACACAACGUUGUUUAACUUCCAAAUCAAUACAUGUAUUAAAUCCUCGUUCGAAUAUAUUUAUUUUCAUAUUAAUUAUAAUUAUAUGUUUACUUUUUAUAAUAUUUCUCGUUUUAUUAUGGUGUCUAUUUCGUAAUACAUCGAAACAUACAUUUCGUAAAGAAAAAGAUUAUUCAUCGAAUCAAUCGAUAUUUAUGAUUAAUAGACAUGAACGUACACCAUCAACAAUAUCAACGACUGAUUCAACAAAAUUAAGUGAUUUUAAUCAUAUUGAUCAAUAUAUUCUUAGUAAUGAAUAUGUUAGUACAUUUUAUGAAGAAUAUCCAAAAAUAAUUUCGGAUAAAAAUAAUGGAGAAGUUGUUUUAAUUUUAGCGUAA